AUGGCUGUCACCACCUUCACUGAGGAGAAGACUUCUCCACUUCCACCCAAAAGAAUAUUCAAGGCCUCCAUUGUUGAUUCUCAUAACUUGAUCCCAAAGUUGAUGCCACAAGCUAUUAAAAGCAUUGAAGUUCAAGGUGAUGGAGGUGGAAAUUUUAAGUCCAUAAAGUAUCGCGUUGAUGAACUUAACGAGGAGGCAUACAUAUAUAAGUACACAUUGAUCGAAGGUGAUGGAUUGGUAGACAACCUUGAGAAGAUAACUUAUGACGUGAAGUUUGAGCAGUCAGCAGAUGGUGGUUCUAUCUCUAACAUACUAAAAAAUAAAGAGCAAUAG